CUGAGGGAGAGAAGCAAAGCCGCAAACAGAGAAGCUCCAGAAGCUCCAGAAGCAAAGUCUCAAACACAGAAGCUCAAAAAGCUCCAGAAGCAAAGAUCCACAAGCUUGCGCUCUAGAGGCUCCAGAAGCUCCAGAAGCUCCAGAAGCUCCAGAAGCAAGGCCUCAAACACAGAAGCUCCAGAAGCAGAAAUCCAGAAGCUUGUGCUCCAGAGGCUCCAGAAGCUCCAGAAGCAAGGCCUCAUACACAGAAACUCUAGAAGCUACAGAAGCAAAGCUUCAAGCACAGAAGCUCCAGGAACUUGCUUGGAAGUCCUUGACGAGGAGCAGAGAAAAAAGCCUGGAAGAUGGCCCAGUCCAUAAUCGAGAGCCUCUUUGGAGAGGACCCUUUCUUUGAGCCCACUUACCUGCUCUGGCCCAGACGCAGCGUGCCGCUAGCUAGCUUCAGAGAGCACUUCCUGCGCCGCAGAGCCCAGCUGAUGGAGGACUUCCAGGCAGAUAUGCGAGACGGCCUCUUCGGAGAGCUGACCGACAGGCUCCACAGAGAUCUCUUUGAGGCCCUGGAAGGCCUGGGUUCACCCUCCACUUCCAGAAUCAGCGCAAACCAGGCCCAGGACAGAACCCUAGCCUGGACUCUGGACACUCAGGGCUUCUCCCCAGAAGAAAUCACAGUAACCGUGUGUGGACGAAAGCUGGAGGUGAUGGCUGCAAAGAUGAACACGCAAACAGACUCGUCUUCAGACGCAAAGCCAGCUGGAUUUGUCCAAAGCGUGGAUCUGCCUGACCACAUUGACCCCACCGCGCUGAGCUGUACUCAGGCUGAAGACGGCCUCCUGCGCAUCGAAUCCGAAACCAAGCAAGAGCCUCCAGAGGAGAGAACCGUCCCCAUCCGCUUCAGGACGUCUCUGGACUUCCCCCUGACCAGAGACAACACAGAGAAAGCGGAGGACAGCUCGGAGAAAUCCUCCUAAAGCAUGAACUGACUGCCUAACUCACGAUGCACUGCUGCUUUUGUUGAUCCAAUGAGGUUUUACGUUUUGUAGAUGAAUGAUUUUAUUAAUAAAUGUUGAUGCUGAUCAUUUAUCGAUGCAGCUUAAUCAUUUGUUCAGAAUGCAAGCUGUUAUUGAAGCAACACAAACAGCACAGGGUGGACAGGUCAGAGAAAUCCACCCAAAAUCCACCUAAUCCUGCCUUCUAGUGCUGGUUGGAUGGUCUUAAUUCCCAUUUGUGCAGUCAUGAUGUAGUCAAAGUUAUUCAUAUUAGGCCAACUCCAAUAUAAAAUGUGUGCAUAACUAAAUGGAAAAGAUGUAAACAGUCAGAGUGGUAAGUCGUCCAGAGUGGUUUGGUGUGAAAUGGUUUGUUGCUGGGACUCUCAGAGGUUUUUUCACACCUGAAAGUCUGGACCAAGGUCCAAACUAAGGUUUGUGUUUGUGUUAUAUUGUAUAAUUUGAUCUGGUUGGUUUUGGUUUUGCACUGUAAUUUAUGGAGCGCACUAAAGAACUUUGACACCUGCGUCCUGUCGUCAUCACCAACGUGGACUGCAUCUCCCUGUACUGGACACUGAUUGGCUUGUAGAGGAACAUCUGACAUGUGUUUGACAUGUGGUCAGUUCGGUGGGCAGUCUUUUCUAUUUGAAUGGAAAAAAUGUUAACUUUUGUCUUCUUUGUUGGACCAAAUUAUGAUUAAAUAUUUCAUCUCCUCUCCC